AUGGCGGAUUUGCCAAAAGAACGCAUUCAAGCCUCGCGUGCCUUUAUCAUCUCUGGAGUGGACUAUUGCAGACCAUUCUAUUAUAAGCCCGAAGCGCGCAGUAAAUCGCCCCAGAAAUGCUAUAUCAGCGUAUUCAUUUGUUUUGCAACAAAGGCCGUUUUGAUGGAACUGGUUAAGGACCUUUCAACUGGUGCCUUUCUGGAUGCCCUAAAACGAUUUGUCGCUACGCGUGGUACACCAAGCUGCAUCUGGUCUGACAACGCAACCAAUUUUGUAGGCGCUAGGAACGAGCUGAAAGAUUUACGACGCGUGUUUCUCAGUGAAAGGCAUCGUACAGAGAUUCACGCGCACUGUCUUAACAAUGGUUUCGAUUGGCGAUUCAUACCUCCUCGUUCGCCGCACUUCGGUGGCCUUUGGGAGGCCGCAGUAAAAAUGGCAAAGCAGCAUUUGUAUCGCACUGUUGGAACUGCAAUUAUUGGUUUCGAUGAAUUGCGCACCUUG